GUCAAACGUCGACAUAAUUAAUAAGAUCCUCUAUUGCAAAUCACUUCUCAGCGCGCUCAGUAGAUCGAUUCGAGCUCUGACUAGAAGUUGCAGAAAUGGCCCGAUUUGUUGUUCUUCUUUUGGCCGCCGUUGUGUGCGUAAGCGCAAAAUCUCUCAAAGAAAAGAGAGGCGCAAUCCCUUGUGGAUACAGUUGCAUGGCUCCAAUGUGUGCUCCCACCUGCCCAACCUAUUGCUGUACGCCACCACCACCCCCACCACCACCUCCUCAACAGAUCCACCACACCACCCACAUCCACCACCACCAUGUCCACCACAUGGGUCCUCAGGCUCCAGCCAUGCCUGCUCCCCCUCAGCCAGCUCCUCCUCCCGCCACUGUCCAAAGCCAGCAGCACGUGUGGGAAUACCAACCACCACCACCACCAUGCCCCUGCCCAAUGCCUGCUCCUCCUCCAAUAGUUGUUCCUGCUCCUCCAUGUCCUCCACCAUGCCAACCAUCAUGCUGUGCCCCUGCUCCAGUCUGCCCACCAGCCUGCCCCCCUAUGUGCUGCAAGAAGCGAUCAGGAUAAAGCCUCAGCAAUGUACAUACGAGGACAAAGACUGCGUGAGCCAGAUGUUGUUAUAUUUGGGAUUGUUUCAAGGUGUAUCUUUAUGGCGUAGGCGGUGAACUUUGCUUUGCCUGGAAAACGACCGGAAGGAAAAACGUUGCGUUGACGUAAUAAUAACAUCUAUGUACGAACGUUUUGUAGAAUAUUUUACGUUCUAGUGACGAAUUUAUGUACUAGCUCCUUUAUGAACUUAAUGUUCCUGUCGGAAUUCGUGUAAUUAAAUAAAGUGUUGUUAAUGAGAAACA